GUGGCUGACGGCGGAGGUCUUGCUGGCGGCGCCUCGGGCGGACUGGGGUAAAUUCCUGGGACCCCGGUCGUGGGAGGCUCCCCGCGGAGACAAGGGGGCCGAGAAUCGCGGAGAUCCUGGAACUGGAGUUCCCUGGAGAGCAGCAUCCCGCCCAGGCGCCUCGGGCUGGCGUCACCCACCUGGAGUGGCUGGGGCCCUGAAAUACGCAGAGGGGGUUUUGUCUCACACGCCCACCCAGCCCGCACUUCAGCCGCCCUCUGCACCCUCCCGAGAACCGGCCGCCAUGCCCAAGAUCACCCUGAAUGGUGUGACGGUGGAUUUCCCUUUCCCGCCGUACAAAUGCCAGGAGGAGUACAUGAGCAAGGUCCUGGAGUGUCUGCAGAAGAAGGUGAACGGCGUCCUGGAGAGCCCCACGGGCACCGGGAAGACGCUGUGCCUGCUCUGCAGCACGCUGGCCUGGCGGGAGCACCUGCGCGACGCCAUCUCGGCCCGCAAGAUCGCCGAGAGGGCCCCAGGGGAGCUCUUCCCCGACCGCCCCUUGUCGUCCUGGGGGAAUGCUGCCGCAGAGGGAGACGCUGCAGCUGGCUACGCGGACAUCCCGAAGAUCAUCUACGCCUCCAGGACCCACUCGCAGCUCACGCAGGCCAUCGGCGAGCUUCGGAACACGUCCUACCGGCCCAGGGUGAGCGUGCUGGGCUCCCGGGAGCAGCUGUGCAUCCACCCGGAGGUGAAGAAGCAGGAGAGCAACCAUCUGCAGAUCCACCUGUGCCGCAAGAAGGUGGCGAGCCGCUCCUGUCACUUCUACAACAACGUGGAAGAGAAGAGCCUGGAGCAGGACCUGGCCACCCCCAUCCUGGACAUCGAGGACCUGGUCAAGAGUGGGAACCAGCACAAGCUGUGCCCGUACUACCUCGCCCGGAACCUGAAGACGCAGGCCGACAUCAUCUUCAUGCCCUACAACUACCUGCUGGAUGCCAAGAGCCGCCGGGCGCACGGCAUCGACCUGAAGGGGACGGUUGUGAUCUUCGACGAGGCGCACAACGUGGAGAAGAUGUGCGAGGAGUCGGCGUCCUUUGACCUGACGCCCCACGACGUGGCGUCCGGACUGGACGUCCUGGACCGGCUGCUGGAGGAGCAGGCCCGGGCAGCGCAGCAGGGCGAGCUCCGCCCGGACUCCGGCCUGGACUUCGGCCUGGACCCCGGCCCAGGGCUGACCAUGCAGCUGGAGGACAUCGCGAAGCUGAAGAUGAUCCUGCUCCGCCUCGAGGGGGCCAUCGACGCUGUCCCGCUGCCCGGAGACGACAGCGGGGUCACCAAGCCGGGGAGCUACAUCUUCGAGCUGUUCGCCGAGGCCCAGAUCACGCCCCAGACCAAGGGCUGCAUCCUGGACUCCUUGGACCAGGUCAUCCAGCACCUGGCCGGACGUACGGGGCUGUUCACCAACACGGCGGGCCUGCAGAAGCUCGCGGACAUCAUUCAGGUCGUCUUCGGCACGGACCCGGCCGAGAGGGGCCCCAGUCCCACGGGGGGGCCUGAGGCCUCUCAGUCCUACAAGGUGCACAUCCACCCUGACACCAGUCACCGGAGGACAGCCCAGCGGCCGGACGCCUGGAGUGCCACGGCCACCAGGAAGCAAGGGAAGGUGCUCAGCUACUGGUGCUUCAGCCCCGGCCUCAGCAUGCGGGAGCUGGUGCGCCAGGGCGUGCGCACGCUCAUCCUCACCAGCGGCACGCUGGCCCCCGUGUCCUCCUUCGCCCUGGAGAUGCAGAUCCCUUUCCCCGUCUGCCUGGAGAACCCGCACGUCAUCGAGAGGCACCAGAUCUGGGUGGGGGUCGUCCCCAGAGGCCCCGACGGAGCCCAGCUGAGCUCCGCCUUCGACAAGCGGUUCUCCGAGGGGUGCCUGUCCUCCCUGGGGAAGGCGCUGGUGAACUUCGCUCGCGUGGUCCCCCACGGGCUGCUGGUCUUCUUCCCCUCCUACCCCGUCCUGGAGAAGAGCCUGGAGUUCUGGCGGGCCCGAGACUGUGCGCAGAAGCUGGAGGCACUGAAACCGCUGUUCGUGGAGCCCCGGAGCAAGGGCAGCUUCUCGGAGGUGAUGGGUGCGUACUACACCAGCGUCGCCGCCCCGGGGUCCCGCGGGGCCGCCUUUCUGGCCGUGUGCCGGGGGAAGGCCAGCGAGGGGCUGGACUUCGCCGACAGGAACGGCCGAGGUGUGGUCGUCACAGGUCUCCCGUACCCGCCGCGCAAGGACCCCCGGGUGAUCCUCAAGAUGCAGUUUCUAGAUGAGAUGAAGGGCUGGAGCGGGGCCGCAGGCCAGUUCCUCUCCGGGCAGGACUGGUACCGGCAGCAGGCGUCCCGGGCCGUGAACCAGGCCAUCGGGCGGGUCAUCCGGCAUCGCCACGAUUACGGGGUCGUCCUCCUCUGUGACCACAGGUUCACCAGCGCGGACUCCAGGGCCCAGCUACCAUCCUGGGUGCGCCCGCACGUCAAGGUGUACGACCACUUCGGCCACGUCAUCCGAGACGUGGCCCAGUUCUUCCGGGUCGCCCAGAAGACGGUGCCGGUGCCGACGCCCCUGGCCGCCCCAAGACUGGGCGCCGGGGAAGGCGCUGCGCUGGGGCCCGCGGCGCUCGGGCUGCUCACCCCCAGGAAGGCCAGGAGCCUGGACGUGCACGUGCCCAGCCUGAGGCAGGGACCCGCAGGACUGCCGGACGCCGGGGACACUGGGGCCCCCGAGGACUCCGAGGCCGGCCUGUGUGUGGAGUAUGGGCAGGAGCCGGCUCGUGGCCAGCGGAGGCCCGUGGGGCUGCUGGCCGCCCUCGAGCAGAGCGAGCAGCUGGCUGGAGAGCCCGGGGCCCAGGCCGCGCCUGCGGAAGAGGAGGCCCCCUGCCGCUCCAGCUCACCCCUGCCCGGGGCAAAGAGGGCUGCCAGGGAGCCGACCGGAGGGCGGCGGAAGAUCAGGGUGGUCAGCUGCCAGGAGGAGCCGGCGGCCGGUGCCCGGGAGGACAGGGCCAAGCACUUCAUGGCAGCUGUGAAGCAGGCGCUGAGCCAGGCCAGCUUCGAGCGCUUCGCCCGGGCCCUGCAGGAGUACAAGGGCUCGGACGACGUGCGGGCCCUGGCAGGCCACCUCGGCCCCCUCUUCGCCGAGGACCCGAAGAGCCACAGCCUGCUCCGAGGCUUCUGCCAGUUUGUGCGGCCGCACCACAAGCAGGAGUUCGAAGGGCUCUGCCUCCAGCUGGCCGGCCGGGGCUGCGGCCCCCUCCCUGCGCAGGGCCUUCCUCCCGGGCGGGGGGUGCGGCCGGCCCUGGACCGUGCUGGACAGAGGGAGCCCGUCCCCAAGAUGACCCUGUCCCAGGGUGCAGCCAGGCAGCUGGACCCCGGAGAGCAGCUGAACCAGGGCCGGCCUCACCUGGUCUGCAGGCCACCCCCUGAAGGAGACGCCAGCAGCCGCCUGCACGAGGGCUGCGGGGCCCCCAGCCCCGAGAAGCGUUGUCAGCCUGCUGCCAGCGCCUACCUGGCCGACGCCCGCAGGGCCCUGGGGGCCGCAGGCUGCAGGCAGCUGCUGGCAGCGCUGACUGCCUACAAGCUGGACGACGACUACGAGAAGGUGGUGGCUGUGGUGGCAGCGCUGACCACCUCUCGGCCCGAAGACCUGCCCCUGCUGCAGAGGUUCGGCAUGUUUGUGCGCCCGCACCACAAGCCGCGCUUCCGGCAGACGUGCGCAGACCUGACUGGCCGGGCCCCCCCCGGCACCCCGGCCACGGGCACCCGGCCACCAGGACCCCAGGAGGGGGUCUCCCGGGCUCCCCCCAACCUCACCCUUGGGGCCACCGAGCCAGGCCCCUCCAAGCCAGAGAGGCCAGAGAGGACACAGAGCGAGAUCUCCUUCCUGGGACAGCAGCCGGCCAGCGGGGUGGAGGAUCCCGGCCGGCCCCCCAGCAGCCCCCACAGACAGACACAGUCUGCGCACGGUAGGUCUCAGGAGGGGCUGCCGGGCACAGGCCUUGGGGCCCCUGGUGGCAAGGCAGGGGACGCCCCCUGCCUGUGUCCCUCCCGCACCGGCAGGCCAAGGCCAGGCCUGGGACCCUGGCUCCCGGGCAGCACCUGCUGUGGGGCCGGGGGACCCAGCCUGUGCCUCCAGCGCCCCCUGUGUCCACAGGCCCCCGAGAGGACAUACUGAGCCGGCCCCGUGGCCCCACUGCCAGGAGCAGAGCGCUGUGUGGGUCUUCUGGAGACUGCGCAGGGCAGGGCUGCGCCAGCUGAGGCCGCCC